AUGGCCCAGGCUUCCGCAGACACCGAUGGGACAGACCUUGAGCAGAGGAUCCUGCAGGUGUUGAAGAAAGCUGACUCCCCUGUGAAGGCUGCCCAGCUGGCAAAGGAAUGCCAAGAGCCCAAGAAGAACAUCAACCGGGUUCUCUACCGGAUGAAGGAUAAGUUGCUAGUGGAUGACGCUGGCUCUGCGACAUGGUGCUUGAGAGAGGGUGGGACUGGAGAAAUGGUUCCCACAGCGCCGGCCCAGCCCAGCCAUGAGCCGGUGCAGGAACAGAUCCUCAGGCUACUGGCCGCCAGCGGGCCCCUGAGGGCCUUGAGCAUCGCCCAGUCCCUGGGGAUGAAGACGUCAAGGGAUGUUAACCCAUACCUGUAUGCCAUGCAGAAAGAGCACCUUCUGUACUUGGACAAGAAGUCAAAUACAUGGGAAAUUUACCAACCAGGGAAUCCCAGGGGAAGAAGUCAGUCCACCCCUGUCAUUUACCAGCAAAACUCCAUCACGAUCUGUCAGAAUGGACCACACGGCCAAAUCUCCAUCAGGAACUCCGAAGCCGUCCAGAUUGGUCACGGGAACAGCAUCAUGAAACACCUGGCCCCUGCGGAGAGCGGUUCCAUGGCUCCCCUCUGCCUCCCUCCACCACCAGCAGCGGGUCCCCGCGCUCAGGAUCCCCCGGCUGGACCCUGGGGGCCGCAGGACAUCCAUAUAGACAAUUCUGUGCUCAGACGGGUGCAGCUGGGACACGGCAACGAGAUGAACCUGCAUGGCACCCUGGCCACGGGCCCUGGCCACAGCCCCCCAGUCUCUGCUGCCACUGCUGGCCCAGAAGCUGUGUUCGAAAUUCGAAUGCCCACACCAGGACCCCACCCCGAGGGGGAGGGCGACGCGGCCCAGAGAGUCCUCAUCAAGUCCUGCUUCUUGGAGGACGCCGCCAUCGGCAACAACAACAGCCUGAGUGUCCGCCCGCGGGCAGCUGGCCUCGGAGCAGGGGCAGGGCCAGAGGCCGGCCGCGGGGACCCAGGGGAGCCGGCCGAGGACGCGGCGCCCCGGCCCGGAGCUGCGGAGCCCAGAGGCAAGUUCCCGGAGGGCGCUGGUCCCGCUGACCCCGACAUGUCCACCUUCACCUCCCACCUGGAAGCGAUGACUCUUGAAAACCGGGAUUCAGAGGCCCCAGAGGACAGCCCCUGA